CACUAUGGGGCUGUAUUCAUGGCUGGAGAAGAAAGAGGGUGGAUUCUGGGGUGUGGUAGUGAUUUUCGCUGCCUUUAUGAUACAGAUCCCUUCCUUUGGGACCGCACAGAGUUUCGGGAUCUACAACAUGUACCUACUAAGGUACUUUAAGGAUGUCAGUCCCGCUGCUGUGGCUCUGAUUGGUUCAAUCAACGUGGGCGUGUUCCUGGGCUCAGGUCCUAUUGCUACAUUUCUGAUGAACCACAUGAGUCAUCGUAAGGUAGCACUACUGGGAGCUGUUCUCAGUUCUGCUGGACUCAUAGCAAUGCCUUUUGCCCCAAACCUGGUUUACAUGUAUGGAUUCUAUGGAGUGCUUUCUGGGCUUGGUUUUUGUUUGGUCUAUGUCCCCUCCCAUGUACUUUCUGGAUUAUACUACGAUGAGAAGAGAAGUCUGGCUACAGGACUUGCCACCAGUGGUUCUGGUAUGGGUGCCAUCAUUUUCCCUCUGCUUGUAAACUUUCUGGUCGACACCUUUGGUUGGAGGGGGUCCUUCUAUAUAGUCUGUGGGAUCAGCAUGCAAAACAUUGUUUUUGCCAGUUUACUGAGACCAGUUCCUGAAAAGUUAAAGAGGAGAUACAAAGAAGCAGCAGAGAGAAGGGAGACUGACCCAGGUGAUAAAGAAGACACAGUAACUGAUGCUGUGAAAUCUAAACAACAAACUCCUACCUCUACUCUGCAACUACUUUCAGUAAAAUCUCUCGCUGAGAAAGAAAAGGGGGAUAAUGAACAGUUACUUUCAGAAGAUUCAAGGGCUCCUUUAUCUGAAAAUGACAUAGAUUUGUCUUUACAUGAGAAGCUAAAGCAGGGCUCAGAUCAGCAGAGCUUAAAACAGGAAUCAAAUUUCGAUAGUACAAAGGAAGACACAAAUUUGGAAAACUCAAAGGGGGAUGCAAACUUGAAAACCAAAAAUCUGGACUCAACCUUGGAAAACUCAGAAGACUCAAAUUUGGAAACCCAACAGCAUGACCCAAAUCUGGAAAACUCGAGGCAGGGCUCAGACAUGCAAAAUUCACAAAUAAAGCAAGAAACUGAAGAGGCUAUUAUGACAUCUCCUGUAGGCAGUCCAGCUAAGCUUAUCAAGCAAGAGAGCUCUGAAAAUGAGGAGGAUGCUCUUUACAAGAACAAUGACUUACCAAGAAACAGUCUAAAUGAAGUCGAAAAGUUAGCCCUUGGCAAGAAGAGCACCUGUUCUAUUCUGUGUGACUAUGCCUUUAUAAUCUUCUUUGCCAAUAACAUCUUCUGGAACAUGGGAAUUGUGAUUAUCUUAUUAUUCGGCCCUCAGUAUCUGCUGUAUGUUGGACUGGAUGAGCAAUCCUCAGCAUUGGUGUUCAGCAUUGGAGGCAUAGGAGCAUUUGUUGGCAGCAUUCUUGGAGGACUUCUAGGAAACAUCAAGAAUUUACGACUGGACCUUGCAUACAUUGUCAUAACUGUGAUAACGGGUAUAAUUUGCCUCAUUAUGCCCGUGCCAGUGUUCCAUUCCUUUGGAGGGCUAGUUUUCUUGUAUGUGACAUUUUCCGUGAUGGCCAAUAUGAUAUCAGGGCUAUUAGUGGUUGCUGUGGCUGCCAUUGUUGGAGCGGAUGCCAUCGGGACAGGGAUGGGCUACAUCAUGCUGGCUAACGGCAUUGGGAGCAUAGCUGCACCUCCACUGAUAGGUUGGGUGUAUGAAGUAACGGGGAGUCCAGACGUGGCGUUCUACAUUGGCGGCUCCUUCAUCAUUUUGGCAGGGUUACUGAUCAUCCUAAUACCCCUAAUAGACCACUUCUACACUGAGGAAACCAAAACAACAGGGAAGAAACCAGACAAAAUACAGAAGGAGUGUCUUAAUGUUUACUGUAUGUAAACUGUGUAACAAUGUGGUCAUGAAGCAGAAA